AAUAUUUGCAACGAUGCGAAGAUUUUGUCAAUAGUUUUAACUGAACUUGCUAGUUUUGACCAUCGAGCUAUUUUUAAAUCACAGCCAUUAUUUGUUUCUAUUUCGUCUGAGAUGCUGACAUUUGAUUGUAAUCACAGUACCUAGUUAUGGAUAAACCAGGAGAGGUAAACUUAGAGAAGGCGAACUGGGAGAAGAUGAGGAGGAUGUCAAUGAAGGAGCUGUUAACAAAUAUAGGCGUGCUAGUUGGGUUUAUUAUCCUGUGCUGGGGAGGAUGUGGGGUUAUGAGCGCUAUAACUGCGGAUAGUUUCGGAGAUGAUUCAGAAUGGUGAGUAUGCGAGUGUUAUAACUGCGGAUAGUUUCGGAGAUGAUUCAGAAUGGUCCCGAAAUCUGAAGAAGCCGUCUUUCAACCCACCUUCAUUCCUGUUUGCACCUGUUUGGGCUGUUCUUUACUUGCUGAUGGCCAUAGCAGCAUUUGCUGUGUGGACCAAGACUGGAUUCACUAAACGACCGCUCCCGUUGAUAGUGUUUUUCAUACAACUGGCACUGAAUUUCCUCUGGAUUCUAGUUUACGGUCUCGCAAAUAAUCUUGGGGCAUCGUUCGUAAUAAUCAUGUUGCUGUUGGUGGGGAUAUUUCUAACCAUGGUGAUCUUCCACACUGUCCAAGGCAGAGCAUGGACCUACCUGCUCCUUCUACCCUACAUAGCCUGGACAACAUUUGCUAGUGUUGUUAGCUACUCCAUCUACGAUUUGAAUAGAGAUUAAUAAUGCUUGGCAGCUUAUUGUAGGACAGCGCUGAUUCUGUUGCCUGGCUACAGACUUACAGAGCAAGAGAGUAUAAACACACUUUCAGCUUUACUUCCACACUGUCCAAGGCAGAGCAUGGACCUACCUGCUCCUUUUGCCAUACAUAGCCUGGUUGACCCCAGUUCAGAUCUAACAGUUCCCUGAGAAGCUUUCAUAUUGCAAUGAAUAUGCUCAAUCAGUGCAGCUCAUUUUCUGGGAAUAAAUGUGACCCUAAAAUGAAGAUAAGCGCAAAAUGGGCUCGAAGUUGGCUGGAAGUCAAGUUGCGUUUGUCAGAUUAUAUCAGAUCAUUUUACGGUAAAUGAAUCAUGAAAUUAACGGUUUAACAUUUCAAUGGUUUGGUAUCUCAUGGAACACGGCCACAGAGCUGAGUCUGAUAUUCCUUGUCUUGAUUAACUUCCAUUCUUAGAGGAUGAUUUUAGCAUGUUUGUUUUUGUAAUAUUUAUCCUGUAUGUGACCAUGUCAGGUCAGAGAGUAAAUAGUGUGACGUAUCAUAUCAACUUUGUCUUCCUAGUAAACCUAAUUUUCUUUGCCCUCAACUUUAACAAAACUUCUUGUUGUAUGUAUACAGUCUUGAUUUGUACAAAAUCUAAUAUUGUACGAAGUAUGUACACACUCUUGUAUUGUAUCCCAAUUGUAAGCAAUCUUGUAUUGUAUACAAUAUUGUAAAUAUUUCAUUGUACACAAUCUUGUAUUGUAUACAAUCUCAAUUCUUUGGCAACCGACCAACGUAUUGACAAUUGUUACGUCGUUAAACAUCAGACACGUACAGCAAACAGAUUAUUUCAUAUGUGUGUGACCUUGUUUGUAACGAUAAUUAUGAAUCAUUGUGUGCUUGCUGCUAAACAUAUUAAACAGAUUAUUCAUCAUUCAUUUUUUAGUCCUGUAACUUGAGAUUUGUUUGCAUUUUUGCUUUGUACUGAUGACUGUGGUUCGAGUUAACACAUUGACCCAUGGUCAGGACAGUGUUGUCUCACAGAACAAUGGGAAAGUGCAAACAUCCGGGAACCACAGAGGAGUUAUGGAUAAAACAGAUGAUGUGAACCUGGAGAAGGUUAACUGGGAGAAGUUGAGGUACAUGCCCAGAAGAAAGUUGGCUAUAAACUGCGGUGUACUGGUCGGGUUUGUAGUGGUCUGCAUGGGUGGAGGGGGCAUUAUGGGAGCUAUAACUGCUGACAGCUUCGGGGACGAAUCAGAAUGGUACAGAAGUCUAGAGAAACCGUCUUUCAACCCUCCCUCGUUCCUAUUCGGACCUGUUUGGUCUGUUCUCUAUUUACUGAUGGGCAUAGCUGCGUUUGCUGUGUGGACCAAAACUGGAUUCACUAAACGACCGCUCCCACUGAUUGUGUUUUUCAUUCAACUGGUGCUGAAUUUCCUCUGGGUUCUAAUUUUCGGCAUCGCAAAAGAUCUUGGAGCAGCGUUUGUGGAGAUCAUGUUCCUGUGGGUGAUGAUCUGUAUAACAAUAGUAAUAUUCCACACCGUUAAAGACAGAGCCUGGACCCACUUACUCCUUCUACCUUACCUUGCCUGGGUCACUUUCGCUAGUGUUCUCAACUUCUCACUUUGGGACCUCAACAAAAAAUAAACUGAUGAAUAGUCCUUGUUAUAGUGCUGAUUGAAGAAGGGUACGGAGACUACACACAGACAGCCAAGAAGAAUUGAGAUGAUUUUAGGACGCACAUUGUGCGAUAUUAGCGAUACUAGUGACGUAGUAUAGCCACUGGUUAUACUAUUAGUCAUUAGGGGUCAUUCAUAAAAGUCAGUAUAUAAUACUCACAAGCUGAGACUCAGUUCGUUCGUCAGGCUCAACCAGUUCAGACUGGUGGAUACCUGGCUUACUUUUAUGAAUGAUCCCUAAUGACUAACAGUAUAGCCAGUGGCUAUACUGUUCACUGUUGGCUAUAAUAUUUGACCACAACCUCACAGCGUCAGCUAUAGUAUCAGAGAAAUCAAGAACAUUGUUUAUUAUAGAUUUGAGAGUUGUCUUACAUUAAUUGAAUUAAUUAUAUUAAAUAUCAUAA